AUGUACCCCAACUUGUACAAAGGGCUGAGCUUGAAGCCUGAAGAUUUGACAACCUAUAAUUCACCUUUAGUGAGUUUUGAUGGGAAAGUAGUCACCCUAAAGGGCCAGAUUAGGUUGCCUGUACAGGCAGGCUCAGAGGUGGUUGAAGUGGACUUCGUUGUAGUGGACGUGUAUUCUCCGUACACAGCCAUAGUGGCCAAACCCUGGCUUCAUGCCUUGGGGGCUGUUUCUUCGACUUUGCAUAAAAAAGUGAAGUAUCCGUCUGGAGACCGGAUUGAGGAGUUGGUAGGAAGUCAGUCCAUGGCCAGGCAAUGCCUUGUGUUUGCAAUUUUGCAUCAGCCUGCAUCUGAGUCCUCGGCCUCUGCUGAGGGAGCCGAGGAUGCGAAAUGUGAGAACUUAGAGAAGUUUGCUGUAGGCAAUGACCCAAAGAAGUUUUUCCAGGUUGGGACUCAGCUACUGCCUCGGGAAAAGAAGCAGCUGGUGGAGUUUCUCAGGAUGAACGUUGAUGUGUUCGCUUGGAAUGCCUACGAAGCUCCAGGAGUGGAUCCAAGCUUCAUCUGUCAUCAUUUAAACGUUAAUCCAUCCGUCACCCCUAGGAAACAACCACCUCGGCGCUCAUCUAAAGAUCAUUCUGACGCUGUAAAAAACGAGGUGAUGAAACUUAAGCGGGCUUGGGCUAUUAAGGAGGUGUUCUACCUUGAAUGA